AUCAACACGGAAACUAACUUCCUCAUUUCAUGUAACGUGCCAGAAUGGAACAUAUUUUGCUCGUCUGUGCAUCGGUGGUCUGUUUGUUCCAAGGGUCCAGUGCUGUGACUCCUGUGUUUGUGAAGAAGGGAGAUGAUCUGCUUCUGAAUGUCACAAACGCUGAUAAUAUUGAUGAUGAUGUUGUUGUGUGGAACUUCAAUAAAAAGGCUGUUUUAGUGAGAUUUUUUCCUGAUGGAAAACCAAAAGUCUCUGAUGCUUACACUGGAAGGGUUGAGACUUCUGUGAAAAAAUUCUCUGUGAAACUGAAGAAUCUACAAGAGGCAGACAGUGGAGUUUAUACUGCACGAGUGAUAGGUGAAGUACAACAAACACUAGAUGGAUACAACGUCACAGUUCAAGCUCCAGUGUCUCCAGUUGGACUGACAGUGGACUCUGUGUCCAGCAGCUCAGACUCCUGUAACCUCACUGUGACCUGCAGUACACAGGACUCUCACAUCAGCAGCACUUUGAGAUGUGACACUCAAACCUGCAGUCAGGAGGGAGGAGAGCGAUCAGAGGUCACGACCUCUGGUGCUUCUCUCCAUGUCUACCUGGAGAAUGACUCCAUCAUCUGUAACCAUAGCAACCAGGUCAGCUGGACCAAAAACAUGAUGGAGAUCCAAGACUUCUGCCCUCAACAUGUUGGUUCUCAACCAUCACCAUACAUCUAUGUGGUUGUUGUGGUUCUGAUUCUCAUCAUUUGUGCAGGAGUCUGUUUUCUUCAACAGAGAGGAAAAAAUGAAAGAGAAAACAUCGAAAAUACAAUAUAUGCCGUUCCUGAGACUCUCCAGCAGGGCGAUCACAGUCCUCAUGAGAUGGGAGCUACAGCCCGACCAGCUCAUCCAACAAAUGAUGCUUCAGGUCCUUCUCCAGUCUCUGAAUACAGCCUUGUGGGUCUUCACUCUGGAUCCACUGAGACUAGAGGGAACACUCUGCCAGAAAGCCUGUAUGCUCAGAUAGACAGGCCUGUGGGGAGGGCUGCAAAGAGACAGGAAAAUGAGUAGAGAGAGCGAGGGGAUGACAUGCAGCACAGGACCACAGGCUGGACUGAAACCCAGGCCUCUGUCGUGAGGACUCAGGACUCUCUUAUUGAUUAGGUGUCAAUAAGGGAACUGAUAAAGAGUCUGACUGAUAAACAGAAUUGAUAAUAUCCUUAGGUUACAUGGGGUCACGUGUGGGCUUUGAGGUCCUCAACAUAUUGUAUAUUAUUUACAAAGAUUAUUGAGUAUUAAUGCAUAACACAUAAUCAAAACACAUCAGCAUUUAUAUUAAAGGUGUAAAAUAGAAUGAUUUUACUCAUCAUCAAACUGUUCUUUAGUGCUGGCACUUAUUUUAUUUGAGAGAGUAAUCUUGUACAGAAAGAAGUGUUGUGUCCAUCGUUCAUGUGUUUGUCACUUUAUACCACUAGGCAGCGUUGUCAUAAAGUAGGUGCAAGUUGAGACGCUGUAUGGAAAGAGAGAGCAAAGAGAGCUGGCUGUUACUGAAUGAAUAUUAUUCUUCUAAUGAGAGCUAUGAUUUGCUUCACUGUUAGGCUGAAAUAAACAGUUCUUGUUAA